AUGGUCAAAACCCGCAUUUGCAUGAUAUCAGACACCCAUACAAGCACACCAAACCCACCACAGAGAACUGAUAAUGCCUACCGAUCACCACUGCCAAAAGCCAAUGUUCUCCUUCACGCUGGGGACCUAACAAAGGUCGGCUACCGCGUUGAGAAUGAAGCAAUGAUCGCCAUGCUCCGGGACGCAGAUGCAGAGCUUAAGCUCGUCAUUGCCGGCAACCACGACAUAACCCUAGACGAAGACUAUUUCACAACCUUUGGCUACAACCGACACCAGCAGCCAGAGAAUCUUGGCGAAGAUUCUGUCUUGAUAUCUGACGAUCACAUCCACGAAACACCCCAGCCAUCCACGGAGCAGUUGCGAUCCUACGCACGCUCAAUCAAGGAUCUCUGGACGUGUGAGGCUGCCCGAAAAGCAGGGAUCAUAUAUCUCGAAGAGGGCAUUCAUUCAUUUACCCUGUCGACAGGUGCUUCGUUCACCGUCUACGCCUCACCUUAUCAGCCCGAAUUCUACCGUUGGGCAUUUGCCUACGAGCGGGAUGAAGAUCGCUAUAAUUCCGAUCAGGCGGCGAAUCCCGUGCCGGAUUUCCCGAGUGUUGAUAUCAUGUUGACUCAUGGUCCGCCACUGGGGGUCCUAGAUCAGGUCCCGCCAGACAUGAAUGUGGGGUGUGAGCAUCUGCUUCGGGCUGCGGGGCGGGCAAAACCGCGUAUUCAUCUUUUUGGGCAUAUCCACGAAGGGUGGGGCGCGCAACGAGGAGUUUGGGGUGAGAGUGGGCCUAAGCUGGAAGAUGUACCGACUGAUAUCGAGGACAUGCUUGAGAAUCGCUCGGCGUUUUACGAUGUCAGUGAAGGGGCGGACAACCCUUUACGGUUUGGAGAUGAGACUUUGUUCAUCAAUGCGAGUGUCAACACUGUCAGGUAUGAGGCGCGGAAUGCGCCUUGGGUUGUUGAUUUGGAGCUUCCACUGGCCGCGGCGUGA